AUGAUUUUUAGUUCUUGGAAUAUUAGGGGGUUGAAGGGGGUUGGUAAACUAAGUAUGAUUAAGAAUUUUCGGAGAAAGUUUAAUGUGCAUAUGCUAGGCUUGAUAGAGACUAAGACAGAGAUGGUGACAAAUUUUGAUAUAGCGCAACUGUGGGGAAAUGGCGCAGUUAAAUGGGAGUUAGUUGGUUCGGUUGGUGCUGCGGGGGGACUGGUAUUAAUGUGGGACGACAUGGUAUUUCAGAUGAACAACUGUUAUAAAGGGGCUCGCUGGAUAUGCUUGGAAGGUGUGCUGCUAAAAACUAACUUUUCCUGUGCUUUCUGUCUAGUUUAUGGGCCACAUGAAAGGGCGGAAAAACUCAUUAUGUGGGAAGAGUUGAGCUUCCUAUCUGGGUUAUGCCAAGUAUCGUUCUGUUAUAUGGGGGAUUUUAACGAGGUAACUCAUGUAGAAGAGAGAAAGGGUGCUACCUCUUUAACAGUGUCCGCAGAAGAGUUUAAAUCGUGGAUACAGGAUAUGGAGUUAGUGGACUUGGCAAUAACUGAUCGCUUAUUCACCUGGUUCAGAGGGCAAUCAUGUAGCCGUAUUGAUAGGGGACUGGUUAGUUUAGAGUGGCUAGAAGAGUUUCCUGAUACAAGACUGAGAGGGGGACCUAGAGGGUUAUCAGACCAUUGCCCAAUGAUCUUGGAGGUUACCCGGAUUAGCGGGGGACCAAGACCGUUUUGGAGCUUGGAUUCGUGGUUUACCCAUGAUGGGUUCUUGAGAAUGGUGAAGGAGGAGUGGAGGAACUUGGGGGAGGGACAGUUCAUUGAUAAACUAAAGGCUCUGACGACUCCGCUGAGCAGAUGGCAUAGAGCCAAUUUUGGGAAUAUGAACCAAAGGAUUACACAGCUGGAAGAUGAAAUUAAGAAAGUAGAUGACAUGGUAAGUACUGGCAUGGCUGAUGGGACUAUUGAAGCAAGAAGGAGAGCGUUGGUAAGCUUCUGUAGAAAAUGGUAUAUCAGGAAGGAGCUUCAUUGGAAGCAAAUGUCCAGAUCUCGGCACGUGAAGGAAAUGGAUAAAAAUACCCGCUACUUCCACAAUCUAGCCUCAGCACGAAGAAGGUCGAAUAUGAUUGAUUCCUUAAUGGUUAAUGGGAGGUUGAUAAGGAACCAGGCGAGGAUCAAGACGGCUAUUCGAGACUUCUAUAAGGGGUUGUACCACCAGGAGACAUCGCCAGUGAUUGGGUUCAGGGACGGGCUUGUAAAGCAGAUCAACGAGGAAGAGGCACUGGAGCUAGAGAUGAUGCCAACUGUUGAAGAAAUAAAGGAGGCAGUGUGA